GCAGCAUGCCGAAGGAGAAGAAGCCCAAGCGCCGCCACAAUGUGUCCACCGCGCAAGCCGCGGGCGCGAGCCAGAACUCUCGCGGCCGGACGCUGGCCACGCCCAACACGGACCUGGGUCAGCAUUUUCUCAAAAACCCCGCGAUCGCCGCGGAAAUCGUCGCCAAGGCCGCCAUCCGCAGCACCGACAUCUGCUUGGAAGUCGGCCCGGGUACCGGUAACAUCACGAUGAAGCUUCUGGAGCAAGCAAAGAAGGUGAUCGCCGUCGAAUUCGACCCGCGCAUGAUUGCUGAAGUCCAGAAGCGCGUGCAGAACACCGAGUUCGUCCAGCGGCUGCACAUCAUCCACGGCGACGCCAUCAAGGUCCAGCUGCCCUUCUUCGACGUGUGCGUGGCCAACCUUCCGUACCAGAUCUCAUCUCCGUUCGUGUUCAAGCUCCUCUCGCACCGGCCCAUGUUCCGAUGUGCCGUCGUCAUGUUCCAGGAAGAAUUCGCCAAGCGUUUGAGUGCCAGACCUGGCGACGAAUUGUACUGCCGUUUGUCUGUCAACACGCAGUUGCUGGCAAAGGUGGACCAGUUGAUCAAAGUCGGCCGCAGCAACUUUCGACCGCCGCCCAAGGUCGAGUCCCGCGUCGUUCGCAUUGAACCCAAGAACCCGCCGCCGCCCGUCAACUUUACGGAAUGGGACGGCAUGGUGAAAAUCAUUUUCAACCGGAAAAACAAAACCCUGCGCGCCAGUUUCUGCACCAAACCCGUGCUCAAAGUGCUGGAAGACAAUUACAAGACGUUUUGUUCGCUCAACAACGUGGCGGUGGACCCGACGUUUGACAUUAAACUGCUCGUGGAAGAGGUGCUCGUCCAAACGAAUUACUCGGACCAACGAGGCAGUAAAAUGGACCUCGACGACUUCCUCGUGCUGCUCAACGCGUUCAACUCGCGCCACGUCCAUUUCUCAUAAAUAUUGCAAAUAUAUUUACCAAUUCUACCCA